AUGCAGAAAAACCUAAUCAUCACCAAAUUUGUCCACCUCGCCGUGAGAUCUACCAGGAAACCCUCAAACACCGCAACAAGAAACGUUGGGGUUUCGAUUGUGAGAGGUCUUUCGUCUGACUCUGAACCCGCGGUACUUAAGGCAACGGCGGCGGAGGAUGGAGGAAUUCAGGAUCCACAGAUCGCUGAGAAUUAUGGCGGAUCUGUGGCGAGGACGAUUGACGGACAUGGGAAGAUGGAGGUGAUCGGUGAGGACUCCGGCAGUGUUUUGACUCUGCGGAACGUAAGGCAGCGGCGGCGGAAGAGUGAGGAAUCUAGAAUCCCGGAAAAUCUGACCGACCUGAUGUGGGCGAGGUGA